AUGUAUGUUACUGAUUCUGAUUUUUUCGACAUUUACAAUUCAUGUCACAAGGGGGCUAUAGAUAAGUUCUUUAAGCAUGAAAGAUACUUGUUUCAGGAGAGUAAAUUAUGCGUUCCAAGUUGCUCUAUGCAUGAACUACUGGUCAGGGAAGCACAUAGUGGGGGACUUAUGGGUCACUUUGGAGUAGCAAAGACUUUAGAGAUAUUGAUUAAAUAUUUCUAUUGGCCUAAAAUGAAAGUUGAUGUAGAAAGGGUUUGUAGUCGAUGCAUAAAAUGUUUGCCUAGGACUAAAAAUGGGCGAGAUUCAAUUUUUGUAGUGGUGGAUAGGUUUAGCAAAAUGGCACAUUUCAUUCCAUGUCACAAAACAGAUGAUGCCACUACAUUGCAGAUUUGUUCUUUAAAGAAAUUGUGCGCUUGCAUGGGAUGGCUAAACCGAAGUAGUGAAUAUGACUAUGACACAACUUUUGCGCACUGUAGUUAA